AUGAAACAACGCCCUUGCAGUGUUUUUACAGCUAUCGGAAGGAAAUAUCAGCGUUUCACUGUCGUAACUUUCAUGUUUGUUAGGAAUGAAGACAUAUCUGAUGCUGUAAGCAGACUAAAAGACUUAACUGUAACCAAAUUUAUUAAUGUAGCAGAAAUCCGAUUCCUGGAUGUUUCCGAUGUACCUUCAACUUUAUAUGAAUGUUUAUACCUGAAGAUUGAUCUAGCGGUUGAUGUUGCAGAAACGUCGAAAUGUUCUUACCACUAUCAGCAGGAGUGA